GUAUCUCAAUGGAGACUAUAUAAAGCACUAGCGCAGAGUGUCCGCGGUCGGCUUGAUCAUAAUUUUCCAUCAGCAUCAUGAUGCAGUUCCAAUUGAUACCAUUUGUCUUAGCUGCACUUCUGAACAGAACGGAGAACAAUGGAUGGGAGCACGGGCCGGAGUACGAAUUUUCUGGUUUCUUGAAGAUGAUAACUUCCCUGGAGAAGGAUAUGGGUACAGCACUAGGUACGGGAGUGUAUUUCAACCUGACGUGUCGUCCACGAGAGCCAGAUGUUCUGAGAUGUCAACUGUCGAACACCACAAUCACUCGUCUCAGGGUCCAGGCCUUCAGCAUUGAUCCUGCGGAAACCGAUCCCAACGAUACGCCCAGAGUUUUUAGCAUCACAAAAUCUCCGUUUGAGAUAAAAUUCAAUGAACGAGGAAUUGAGAGCUUCAUCACUGAGCGCAAGGAUGCACCAAUUCCUUGGAGUAUCAACGAGAUUGGGUUGAUCGCUAGUCAACUCAGUGUUGGCAUUGACAGCUCUGACGAGUUGGGAUCAUCUUACAAAUCAGUGGAAAACUUCACAAUGGGAGAAUGCGAUUUUAAUUACACGAUUACCCGACAGACAAUUGAUGAAGAUAGUAGAGGUACACGUGACUUCAGCUUGUCUCCCCUGGGAAAACUCGAGAAAUUCAGUGGUGAAUCGAUUAUCGUGACCAAAGAGAGAGAUUUCGACGGAUGCUCCAGGUGCUUCGAACCAUUCUUCGGAUCUCGAUAUACUUUGGGACUCCUAUUGAGGGAUGUCAUCACAAAAUUGAAAACAUCGACCAGUAGAAUUUUCAUAUCUAAACAGCAUUUUACAUCGGAGACUGUCAACGAAAGUGAAGUGUUUGAUACAAAUCGAAAGAUGUUGGGAAAAAUAUUGGACCACAUGAAAUUGACUUUGAAAUCUAUUUCUCCCGCUGAAGAGAAACUUUCUCCAUUCUCGGAGCCAUUCGUCUUCGGUGGACUGGUGGACAUUGCUAGAAUGGCCAAACCCUGAUUUAUAAUAUUUGAUUUCUUAUAAACAUGUUGUAGUUCAGGAUUCAAUAAAAAUCACAUUAUUUUAUCUA